UCCAUUAACAUUGCUGUGCACCGAGAUCGCAGCCACUGACACUAACAGCAGUUCACAGUUGCAGUAGCACGAAGCUGAGAGAUUUAACAAAUGGGAUUUGGAGUCCUAAGAAGCAUCAUUGGACCCCUAUCAAGGACGGUAGUACCACGCGCCGCCACCACUUCUACUACGUCGCCGGUAUUCUCCUCCUCUUUGUUCUUGAAACCCGACUUACGAUGCGUAUCGAGUGGCCAAUCUCCAUGGUUCCCAAUUUUGCACCACUUUCACAGCUUAACCGACACACGAUAUCCAAAGCGAAGACCCGUUGACAAACCUCGUCGCAAAAGAGCCAGUUUGCGUCCCCCUGGACCGUAUGCUUGGGUACAGCAUACUCCUGGGCAGCCGAUCAGUCCCAGCAAUCCUAAUGAAGGGAGUGUCAAGAGAAGGAAUGAGAAAAAGCGCAUGAGGCAGCGCCGUGCUUUCAUUUUGGCAGAGGCAAAGAAGCGGAAAGCUCAGUUGCAAGAGGCUAACAGGAAAAAGAGAAUUAAGAGGGUAGAGCGUAAGAUGGCUGCUGUGGCAAGGGAAAGAGCAUGGGCUGAAAGACUGGCCGAGCUGCAGCAUCUUGAGGAAGCGAAGAAAAAAUCUAUGGCCUGAAAAGUUCUUGUUCAAUUUCAACUUCAGAUGUUAUCCUGCAUCUUACUUUUUUCUUGUUAUUACUUAUUAGGCAUUAUUGAACCGGUUUCUAUAAAAUCUCAAAGGUAGUUCCAAUGUGUUAAUUGGGCAGUGAUGUUCUUACUUUACGAGGUUU